AUGAUAAGAGAUUUUUUUACUUCGUUUCAGAAUAAUAGUCCUAAAAUAGAUCCUAGCCAAUUGCUAGACUGCCUAGAUUCACUGUUAGGCAGUGAUGGUGGCAUUAAGGGAGAAACUGAAGUCAAGCGGUUGGCUGUGUUAAUGACAAAAUUUUCAAAAAAGCUGGUCAGCAAAUGUAUAUAUAUUUUGAUAUUAAAAAGUACAGAGCCAGAUCUUCUUGCCAAAUUUAUGGCUGAAGGAGGUUGGGCAUUAAUUUUUCAAUGGCUUGAUGAAGGUAUAAGCAAUAAUAAUCAUGCCCUUAUUUGUGAAAUAUUGGGCUUACUCCUCAAGUGUCCUAUUAGUCUUGAUAGAUUGAAAGAAAACAAUUGUCCCAAAGUAGUGAAAGGUUUAUCAAAAGAUUCAGAUUCUGAAGAAGUUAAAAGUCUUGCCAGUAAAUUGGUCGAACAGUGGCUUAAAUUUAUAAAAUCUGGUCAGGCAGCCAUAUCGGAUGUUGCAAUGGCAGCUGUGUCCACUCCUGCCGAUGUUAGCAAACCUGCCAUAACAGUUUUACCUUCUAAUUAUACUGUUGUAUCUACUGUUGCAAUAAAUUCGGGUUCAGGAACUGGAACUGGAGUCAAAAAAGCUAGUUCUUUACCACGAAAAGUUUCAAAGCCUGGAAUUCAAAUAGUUCGUGAAUCAUCAUCAAGUGAAGAAGAGGAAGUUUCACAACUUGACUCUUUGCCUUUAUAUAAAAUUACUGUGCGUGAUGGAAAAAGUGUUUUAGCAAAAGUAGGUACCAAAACGUUAUUGCCCGUGAACAAAAAAAUAGAAAGUGACGUUGAUGCAGUGAACACGAUUGCAUCAGUUGUAUUAAAAUCAGACCCUAUUUCUAAAAAAUUUAGAUAUAUAACUAAGCCUAUUAGUGAAAAAGAGAAGUCGGACGUGAACGAAUUAAAACAUGAUGAUCUAUCGAAUCGUGAUAUUAGUGAUAAUCACCAAUUGGUUACUAGUGGAAAUAAUGAUACAUUAUCAAAACAGAAAAUAGUAUUACCCAAAUGUGAUAAAGAUGAAUCGAUAAUUGUAGAUGAAUCUGAAUCUAGUUUAAAAAGUAAAGAAAAUAAAUCAAAAGUUUUUAGUUCUAAAACAUGUAAGGAAAGUAUCAGACCAAAGGAUAAUCAAAAAAGUGUUAAAAACAGUAAAGAAUAUGAUUCGGAAAAGAACAGAGACAAGAGUAAAGAUCGAAAAUCAAGUCGGGAUUCCGAUAAGGAUAGGAAAAAAAGUGAUCAUAAAAGUCACAAGGGUGACAAAUCUCGAGAGAGAGAUCGGGAAAAGGACAAGUACAAAAAUAAAGAAAAAGACUGCCUUAAAGAAAAGCAUAAAGAAUCGGAUAAAAGUAAAUUAAAGGAGAAGUAUGGUAAAGAAAAGGAAGGUGGUAAAACGAGUGAAAAAGUUCAAACUCAGGCGGAUAAAGAUAAAGACACUUUAGAGAGAUUAAAGACUCCAGCAAUUAAUCUUUUGGGAAAAAUUCCUAAAAAAUCAUCUAGUCAUAAUUUAAACAGCUCAACAAAAGCAAUCGGUAGCAGCAAUAAUACGCAAACAAACAAACAAACAAGUUACGUUGAAUCCGCGGAUAAAAUUGGGGAUACGAAAAAAGUCAUCGAUGGAAGACCCUUGAAAAUGCGACCCAAAACCGUGAAAACCUUUAAUUCGAAAUUUAGGUCGACGGGUUUAGAAGAAGAAAUAAAACCACCUCCGUCGAGGAGCAACAUAAAGAAAAAAGCGGAUGAAAAAAGGCCGCUGGGAAAAUAUGAAACCCUAACGAAAAAUGAUGGUUCUUCCCCGAAAGAAAGUCACCAGCCCCCCGAAAAGAAACCCAAAUUAUCAUCAGACGUGUCAAUAGAUUUACAAAAGGACAAAAUAUUGGAAAAACCAGGCGGAAUCAAAUUAAUUCCUCCCAAACCCAAACCAACAUUAUUAGAAAGUGACAUGUUCAGCGAUGCGUUAACGGCUUCAACAAAAUUUGAACCGCGAAAAAGAAAAAGACGUAUUAGUAGUAAUAAAGACGGAGUUGAAGCUAAAAAAGAAAUAAAAGAUGAAAAUAUAACAACGAAUUCAACAACAACAACAACAACAACAACAGAUCAAUCAUUAUCACCAAAAGAUGUUAAACCAUCUUUUAAGUUUUACAGAGACACACUUGAAGAUGACGAGGAAAAGAAUAAAGAAAAUUCAGAAACUAUUAAAUUGGAACCUAAAACGGAAUCGAACGAUGAGGAAAGUGUAAAACAAACGACCGACAUUUUCCAAGACUCGAAUAAACCUCAGGCGAAAUUAUAUCCGAAUGGUGUUCUCAUAUGUAAAUCUAGGAAAGGUCCUAAGAAAAGUGUCACGUGGAAAGAAGAUUCCGAAUUGACGGCCAUUCGUUUUUUCGAAUUAGACGAAACGGAAAGGGUUAACGUAACGAGAACAUUUGUCGACAUGAAACUCAUGGAAAGGAGUCACGAAAGAGAAGCAUUUCAAUUGGCAAGAAAAUUGGCUACGGAUGAUACGAUGGAAGAAAGGAUACCUUGGGGACCCCUUUACGAAGUUGACAUUCCUCCAGAUCGUAGAUCAACGGUUGAACCUGGAAAAUCUAGUCUUGAGAAAAAUGUACAGUAUGCAAGAGAGAAAACCGUUUUGCAAGCCAUAUAUUUUCACAGAAAUUCAAUUCCGGAUUCGCCCUCGGAACCCGAUCCUGAAAUACAUCCAACGACAGAUCCAAAGAUCAUACCGUUGGAUGAUAUAACCGGAAAUAGCGAAAGCGUAUCGAAUUUUCAAAACAUUCCCUGGCCAGAACCGAAACCGGCUCUCGUGCCUCCAUCACCGCCACAAUCACAAAAACAAAUGGGGGUUCAACAUCAUCAUCAUCAACAACAGCAACAACAACAGCAGCAGCACCAGCACCAGCAGCAGCAGCAUUCGCAUCAUACCCAAUCGUCAUCGGGACCGCAUCAGCAAAAUUACACGGCGGGAUAUUCAACGGUUGGCAAUUUUCCCGGGUAUCCUCAAAUGGGUAUGCCUGGAAUGAUGCCUCCUGGACAAGGGAACUGGCGGAGCGGCGAUGGAAAAGACAUGGGAAUGAACAUGCAAUUUCAACCCAACGGUCCCAUGUGUCCUCAAAUGGGGGGACAACCACCGAACAUGUUUAAUCCUCCCGGUUCUGAUGGUUUUCCAAUGAACGGACUUUCCAUGCCUGGUUUCAAUCCCGGAUAUCCGAUGGCGUGCGAUCCCAACAUGUACGGACCUCCUAUGGGUGCCAUGAACAUGGGUGGCCCUCCUCCAGGACAAUGGAAUCGAGGUGGUGGUGGCGGAUGGCAGGGUGGAAGACCAUUCAUGGGACCCGUUAACAUGCAACCGAAAUUUCAAAAAGGUGUUUGCCAUCAUUUUGCUAAAUUUGGAAAUUGUGCUCGUGGAACUGAUUCUACGUCUCUUUGGUUUUGCACCUCCGUUGACUCAAAUGAAGAGACUUGUCAUGGACGGGAAUAUCUCUUUACAUUAUGCUGA